AUGGAUGAGGUAAAACCAUCAUAUGAAUAUCUAUUUGAGGUUGUUAAAAAAGAAAAAUCAUUGAUUGUAAACCUCAUAGAUCAAACAUGCACAUGCAAUAGAUUCCAAAUUGAUGAGAUGUCGUCUGGUCAUGCUCUUUCUAUGAUGAAGAAGAUAAACCUAGACCCCUACAAUUAUUUUUCAGAUUACUACACAACAAAGACAUUGCUAGAAACAUAUGAAGCUACAGUAUACCAUGUAGGACACCAACGCACUUGGGAUGUACCAGCCUAUGUAAAAGAAACAAUAGUAUUACCUCCAAAUGCUAGAGUGAAAACAGGAAGACCAAAGAAAAGAAGAAUCAGAGCUGUUUGGGAAACUAAAAAGCAAAACAAGUGCAGCAGAUGUGACCAAAGAGGUCAUAAUAGAAAGACAUGCCGAAACAAACUAAGAAGAAUUUGA